CUUGCUUCCCUUCCCUUAUAUUCAUCUGUUCUGUGUCUUAAAGUCCUCAUAUGAGUGAAGUCACAUAAUAUUUGUCUUUCUCUGACUGACUCAUGUCAGAGAAAUGAUGGCUUCCUGAUGGCUUCCUGUCUUAUGUUAAGGUCUUCCAUCCAUUUUGAGUUUAUUUUUGUGUCUGGUGUGAGAAAGUGGUCCAGGUUCAUUUUUCUGCAUGUUGCUGUCCAGUUUUCCCAGCACCACUUGUUGAUCUGAGUGUCUGUUGUUGUGCCAGUACCAUACUGUCUUGAUGAUUACAACUUUGUAAUACGUCUUGAAGUCCAGGAUUGUGAUGCCUCCAGCUUCGGUUUUCAUUUUCCAAGAUUGCUUGGCUAUUCGGGGUCUUUUCUGGUUCCAUACAAAUUUUAGAAUUGUUUGUUCUAGCUCUGUGAAGAAUGCUGGUGUUAUUUUGAUAGGGAUUGCACUGAAUAUGUAGAUAGCUUUGGGUAGUAUCGACAUUUUAACAGUGUUCUUCCAAUCCAGGAGCAUGGAAUAUUUUUCCUUUUUUGUGUGUGUCCUCUUGCAUUUCUUUCAUAAGCUUUCUAUAGUUUUCAGUGUAUAGAUUUUUCACCUCUUUGGUUAUGGUUAUUCUUAGGUCUUUUAUGGUUUUGGUGCAGUUUUUCAUAUAUUUUUUUCAGGGGUUUGAUGUCCUGCCCUGUCUGUCCCCUUCGCUUAAGAAUGUGCACUUGAGGGCACCACAUCAUGUGUCUCUCUGUGCACUGUGGCUUCAGUGCUUGUCCUUGUAGAUUAUUGUGCACCUUUAUGCGCCAGUGUAGGUGUCCAUUAUGAAUGUUACAUAUGAACGCUGGUGGCCAGUACAUGUAUUUUAAGUAGCUUUUUUCCAUAGUGCUUACUGUUUUCCACAGAUUGUUUCCAUUUACUUUUCUUCUGCCCAGUCCAAGAUAGAUAUCAUUCCUAACUGUGCUUUUCAGUACUUAGAAAUUUUAAUGUCACAUUAUUUUCUUAAAAAUUGAGGCCUAAGAGGGGUGCCUGGGUGGCUCAGUCUGUUGAGUGUCUGACUUCGGCUCAGGUCAUGAUCUUGUGGUCUGUGAGUUCGAGCCCCGCAUCAGGCUCUGUGCUGACAGCUCAGAGCCUGGAGCCUGCUUCCGAUUCUGUGCCUCCCUCUCUCUCUGCCCCUCCCCUGCUCAUGCUCUGUCUUUCUCUCUGUCAAAAAUAAAUAAAAUUUUAAAAAAUUAAAAAAAAAUUGGGGCCUAAAAAUGUGUUCCUAUUUUUAUUUUUUAAAUUUUAUUUAUUUUUGAGAAAAAGAGAGAGUGCAAGUGGAGGAGAGGCAUAGAGAAGGGUCAGAGGAUCCUAAGUGGGCUGUUUGCUGACAGCCUGAUGUGGGGUUCAAACUCAAAAACUGUGAGAUCAUGACCUGAGUCAAAGUCAGACACUUAACCGACUGAGCCACCCAGGCACCCCCUUAGUUUAGUUUUUGAUGUUGAAUUCCUUAUUUCUUCUGGAGUUGGCUUUUUUCUUGUAUUUAAAAAAAGAUUUUUAAAAAAUGUCAGUUGGGAUUCCGUGUCCUCUUUUUUCAUGUCCUGCAUCAUUUCUUCCUAGCUUCAGGUAUUGAACAGGUCUUCCUUUCUCCAUGAAACUGAUGCCCCAUAUCUCAGAAUUCACAUGUGUGUGAAUUUCUUUCUGGAUUUAUGCCUUUGGCCAGCUUGCCAGCAGCAGUAUGCUGCUUAGUUAUCUUGUUUCAUCAUACAUCCUGGAAAUUAGUAGGGCAAGUCACUCCUCCAUGCUUCCUUCAAAAGCAUUCUGGAUAAUUUUGACCCUUUAUUUUUUAAUAUAAACUUUAGAAUCCUCAAACUUCAUGAAAAAUGUUAUUGGGAUAUUAAUUGGAAUUGCACUGAAUCUGUAGAUCAAUUUGAUGAGAAUGGACAUCUUCCCAAUAUUGUGUCUUCCUAUUUGUGAAUAUAGUAUGUCUCUUUAUUCAUUUAGGUUUAAAAAAAAAUUUUUUUUAAUGUUUAUUUUUGAGAUAAGGGGUAUGAGGGGCAGAAAGAGGAAGACAGAGGACCCACAGCGGGUUUGGUGCUGACAGCAGAGAGCCUGAUGCAGGGUUUGAACUCACGAACCAUGAGAUCAUGACAUGAGCCAAAGUCGGGUGCUUCACCAGCUGAGCCACCCAGACAUCCCUAUUCAUUCAGUUUUUUAAUAAAAAGUUUCAAUGAAAUUAUAUUUUUCCUAAACCGAUGAUUCUCUGAUGCCAUCAUUAAAUGAUGUUCUCUCUGUUAUUACCAUGUCUAAUUGUUCACUGGUGGUACAUAGCAAGGCAGCUGAAUAUUUAACCUUACAUACAGUCACCUUCCUAAGCUCUGCUGUUAUUCCUAGUCAUUUAUAGGUCAUGUGAUCUGCAAGUACUAACAGUCUUAUUUCUUCCUUUCUGAUACUCAUACUGCAAAUUUCUUGUCUAAUUGUACCAGUUAGUGUUGAAUGGAGGCAAUGCUGGUGGUUGCCCUUGUUCUUGGUUUCGUUUAUUUAUUUAUUUAUUUAUUUAAAGUUUAUUUAUUUAUUUAGAGAGAGAGUGUGGGUGUGUGCAAGCAGGGGAGGGGCAGAAAGAGUGAAUCCUAAGCAGGUUCUGUGCUGUUAGCAUAGAGCCUGAUUCAGGGCUUGAACUCAGAAACCGUGAGAUUAUGACCUGACCUGAAAUCAUGAGUCAGAUGCUUAACCAACUGAGCCACCCAAGCGCCCGUUGUUUAUUUGUAUUAUUAUUCCUUUUUUUAAAAUUUUAAGUUUGUUUGUUUGUUUGUUUAUUGAGAGAGAGAGAGAGAGAGAGAGAGAGAGGGAAUGAGAAUGAGAAUGAGAGCAGGAGGGGCAGAGAGAGAGAGAAGGAGAGAGAGAAUCCUAAGCAGGCGUCACACUGCCAGCACAGAGCCUGGUGUGGGGCUUGAACUCAUCAAUCCAAUUCUGGAUUUUGUAGGAAAUGCAUUUACAAUGUCUUUUGGGGUUCCUUGGCCCAAUUCCAUGUGGGGAGGGCCAUUCCCCACAUAUAGUACCAAGCAGUUCUCUGAUACCAGCAGGGUGUACAGUGUCCAUGAAUUCAACUCAUUUCUGACAUUACUUGGAGAAAGUAUCUGGUUCCACAGGUUAAGUGUUGAGUCCUACAAGACUGCUCCUUCUCCCAUUUAAGAUGCCAGUCACAAAUCCAGGUGGUUGCCUCUGCUACUGACUGACUGGCUACAGAUUGGAGGUUCCAUUGACCUUCUCCUUAGGUUUGAUUAAUUUGCGAGAAUGGCUCACAGAACUCAAGAGACUCAUCUUACUAGAUUCCUGGUUUAUUAUAAAGAGAUAUAACUCAGGAAUAGCCCAAUGAAAGAGAUGCCCAGGGCCAGGUGUGUGGAAGGGCAGGUACUUACAUGCCCUCACCAGGUGUGCUGCUUUUCCUGAAAAUCUCCAUGUGCUUACCAAUCUGGAGGCUCUCUGAACCCUGCCCUUUAGGGUUUUUAUGGAGGCUUUAUUACUUAGCUGUUUAUUAAACUCAUUGGCCAUUGGUGGGCAAUUGAUUCAGCCUCCAGCCCCUCUGACCUCCCCAGAGGUCUGGUUGGGACUGGAAGUCCUACCCCUCUAAUCCUGUGGUUGGCAGGAUUCAUGGGCAAGCAGUUCCCAUCCUUUAGGGCUUUCCCAAAGUCAUCUCAUUAACAUAAAAAAAGACACCUGCAUCACUCUCUAUGCUUGGGAAAUUGCAGAAGUUUUGGGGACUUGAGACAGAAAUGAGGAAGAAGACCAAAUACAUAUUUCCUGUAAUAAAUUGCAAUAUCACAGCAUGAUGUUUACUUUAUUAGUUUUUUAAUACUCUUUAUCAGAAUAAGGAAAUUUCUGUUCCUAAUUUACUGAGUUUUUAAAAUCAUACUUGGGUAUUGAAUUUUACCAACAUUAAAAAAAAUCUGUUAAAUUGGUAGAUUACAUUUAUGAAUUUUAUAAAGUUAAAUCACACUUGUAUACCUGGGAUACACCCAGUAAUGCCUGGUAGUGUUUUCUAUGCUUUUGGAUUCAAGUUGCUGAUGUAUUCCUUAGAAGUUUUCAUUUAUAAUAGAAAUUACCAAUUAUUUUAUUGUCUCUUUCCAUCUCUUGGAUUCAUUUUCCUGUUCAUUUAUACCUUCUUUAGAUGGAUUUGUUGUUAAGCCCUUGACAGAGGUAUUGGUGACCUUUUUCCAUGAAGCUGCAGUCCACAGGUUCUGUUUGGAUAGUUAUUUUGGGUAUGAAGAGGUAGGGGUGAUGGCCUGGGGAGACCAUGUGGCUGGUUGGGCAGAGAUUCUCGUCAAGAUUCUGGUUUUGCUGUGACUGGUGGGGCAAUGGGUGCUUAGUACAUGGUUAAAGAACUGAGUAGGUGGAGAAGCAGGGCCCAGUGGGGCCAGCACACUGUGCAAGGCUGGGUGCAUCAGAAUUCUUAGCACACUGGUGGCCCAAAGAAAAGAAGAAUAAAUAGUAAGGAAAGGUGCAUGUUGCAGGGUAACUUUUUGCAUCCUUUCUGCUCUUAAUCUUCCUUACAAAGGUCACGUGCUAUUAAUAAUUUCUUAUAAUUCCUUCCCAAAAGAUUUUUGUGUGCAUGCCAGCAUCUCUGUUCUUACAGGGAUCUCACAGACACACUCUUCUGUACCUUAACUUGUGUUUGUCUCCAUGGUUUUCCCCCAGUAGCUCAUCAGCUUUUUCUUACACUUUUCAAGAGCUUUUAAGUAUUUCCUUGUGAGCCUCUAACAAUUUCUGUAUCUAGUUGGUGGAUAUUUAUUUAUUCAUUUUACUAUAUUUUUAAAAAAUUUAUUAUUUUGAGAGAGAGAAAGAGAGAGCAAGAGCAAGUAGGGGAGGGGCAGAGAGAAAGGGAAAGAGAGAAAUCCUAGGCAGGCUCCAUGCUAACAGUGCAGAGCCUAAUGAGGGGCUCGAACCCACAAACUGCAAGAUCAUGACCUGAGCUGAAACCAAGAGUCGGACGCUUAACCAACUGAGCCACCCAUGCACCCCAGGUUGGUGGAUAUUUUAGAUGGUCUAAUCUAGAAAGAAGGCUGAGUGGAUGUCCUUGUUAGGUAUGAUUUGGAGUCCUUUUGCGAGGGUAUCUUAGGGUAAACUAAAAAAUAACCCUUGCCUUGCCAAGGGUUACGUAUGUGUUAAAAUUUUAUAAAUGUUGCCAAGCUGCCCCCAAUGCGGUUUCAUUAAUUUUAUUAUCUCAACAGUAUAUGAGAAUUGCCUGUUUAUCCCUACUCUCAUGUUGUCAGGGUUUAAGAUUUUUUGCCCAUCUGAUAGGUGAAAAUGGUAUCUUCGUUGUUUUAAAUGCAUUUUCUUAGUAAUGAGCGAAUAGUUGUAUCUGUUUUCAUUACCUGUGCUUUUAUGUUUCUUUAAUCAGCCUGACUUUUCUUUCCUUUGUAAGUCUGAGGAGUGGGAACUCAGGGUGGGGUCGGAUUGUUGUCUGUUCUUCGCGAGCUGUCGGUAGAUUUGUACAGGACCGUGGCUCCAUCGAUAAUGUGUGUUCUACAGCUGAACUUCCAGUCUGUGUCUGAGUUUGGUGUCUUUGUCGUUUGCUCUUGGCUGAAUGGAAUCCAGGUACUUCAAGAAGAAUGACCUUCAUUUUUCUGGCUGACCUUUGACUUGACCCCCCCUCCCUAUGAUGGUUCUGGGGUUCAGCCACAGCCCGCAGGCCCCAGCAUCCAACCGAAAAUACAGCAUGGUGGGUAGGGAGUUUACAGAAGAGCAUUUAUAUAGGAAGGUUAGUAUUAUUUUUUUCAUAUAACUUCAAAAAUAGGAAAUAAUAUUUGUGGUUUUAUUUUGAAGUUUGCUUGAAACACUACUUUUAAAAUAUUGCCUCUUUUAAAAAAGGGGCUUCAAAUAUUUCGUUUUGUGUUAAGAGCCACAACUCGGACUUGAUUGGAGGGGCGGCACAGCUGUGGAAGGGUCUCUUCUCCUAAAGAGGAAAUUCCAAAGUGGAGGAUGGGGGACAUGUGGGCGGAGACCCGCUGCUCUCACACUUGACUGGGGCCCUGAGACCGCCCCCCUCCAAGGUGUGCUUGCGCUGGGAGGGCAGGAGCACUUGGAGGAGGGGUCUGAUGUACAUGGCAAGCUUUAGGUUUGCUUCCCUGUGAUUCAGUCACUGGGUUCUUGGCUCUAAAGGUCAUCUGUAAGGUGAGUUCCUUAUGACAGGGCUGGUAAGAGGACUCUUGUUCCCUUAGACUUGACCUCAGGUUCCUGUCCUAGGUUUCUGUUAGUAUUUUUUAUACAAAGCUGAUCCCAAGAGACCCUAAGAGUGAUUUUUCUUUUGGCGGUGGUAGGGAUGAGCUGUUUUGAUGGUUUCUUUAAAAAGACCUUUCCCCAUUUUUAGGGUGAAGACGAUAAACGUAGAAUGGUUUCCUCCUGAGAAAACUCCGCUCACUUAAAAUGUUCAUUGUAACCAUCUGAGGGGGUUCAGGUGCACUGUGGGCCUGUACCUCUGGACUGCUCCCUGCCUUGAGCUCCCUCCAUUUCAGGAGGUGCUUACAGAUGGUGGAAAAGGGCAGUGGAGCUGCUGUGAUUCCCCUGCAGUGGCCGCAGCCAACAACUGCACUAGUGCAGGAGGGAAAAAAUGGAUAGAGGUGCAGGCAAGGAACGUGGCGUUUAAUAUUUUUCCUCUCUCGUUUAACCCCUUUCUUCACGAAGGUGCUCCUAGGCUGGGGGCAGGGCCUAGGAGGUAGGGUGUUGGUGGGGUCACCUCCUUGUCCCACCCCCGCCCCACCCCACCCCCUACAGAAUAACCCUGUCGUGAUGUCCUGUCACCAGAUGUGUGUGCUUUCUUGGGAGUGGGGGUGGGCGAUCCCUCCAAAGCUCUGAUUAUUGAAAACUAUGUAAGGCCUGUUAGUUAAGCUGAUGAUAAGCCAGUAUUUUUUCUCUUGCUUCGACGUUUACAGAGAAAGUACUGGAAGCUUUGGCUGACUAAUGGUGUUGCCUCGUUUUUUCCUUCCCUGCCCCAUGGUGGCCUCAGUGGUGAUGGGGAGCAAGGAGGGCAUGAGUGAGAGAGUGUGGGGGCCGGGGACCAGCCAGGCUGUGUGUGGAGGAUCUGGCCAUGUUAUUUUGCAGUUGGCUCAUUUUCCAUGCAGGCUGAGGAGAAAGAAGUCUGUCAGCUCCGGGCUUGAGACUGGCACUGACCACUCCCCAAGAGUGCCCCUUGGAAGGCGGUGCCUUGCCUAAUGGGAUCUGCUUGAGCACGUGUUCAGGUUGCAGGAUGGCCCUGUCUGCCUUGGUGAGUGGGGGACUCCAUUUUCCUUGGAACGACAGAAAUGAGGUCGUGGAGAGAUGCCGAGACCCAAGGCAGCAGAGCUUCCACAAGGGCUUUCUCAGCUGUUCCGUAGAAAAGCAAGACAGUGGAUAAGCACGUGCUAGACACAUCUUGGGGGGAGCGACCUGGUGAGGGGCUGUGGUUUUACUUAUUGGAAAUCGCAGGAUUGGAGCAGAUUGGUGCAUAGGCUGCCUGUUCUAGAACUGUAUUCUUGGAACAAAAGGGUGGGGGAGGGUAGGCUACUCUCCUAGAUCUGAGGAAACUCCAGCUCAGCCAGCGGAAUGAGGAAGAGGGAACAAUAGGGACGGCUCCUUUGUGCCUGCCCUUGAACGCGGGGCCACUGUGAAUCCAGGCCCUGCACCCGCUGGCCCGCUGGGAAAUGGCGCCGCUGUGGGUGGUGGUUCUGAGAGGAACCAUUUAACCAGCAGGCAGUUCCGGCGAAGGGGGAGACGAAGCAGGAUUGCUGCAUGAAAACAGAGCUGCUGAGGGAAGAGAUAUCUAUGGCAGCCGAUGGAGGCGCAUCGGAGAAGCAGGGAGGAGAGGGCCCCGUGGCCUCAGAUGGCGAAGCUAAUGGGUCCUGUGGAAAGAGCGAGGCUAGCAGCCACGUGACUGCAGCCCAGCACACUCAGGAGAACACAGCGGUCAGCCCACAGGACGGUACCAACAAACUAGCUCGAAUAGCUGAAAAUGGGGUUUCAGACAGAGACAGUGAGACGGGGAAGCAAAACCACGUCAACACAGAUGACUUCACACAGACUUCUGUCAUCGGGAGCAAUGGGUACUUCUUGAAUAAACCACCCCUGCAGGAACAGCCCAUGCGGAUUACCAGCACUUUGGCUUCCUCGCUUCCUGGUCAUGCUGCAAAAACCCUUCCCGGAGGUUCCGGCAAAGGGAGGACUCCUAGUGCUUUUUCUCAGACGCCAGCCACAGCACCGGCCAAGCUUGCGGAAGCGAGUAAAGACACGGAGGACAAGAAGCCCUCGGGCCCUGGUGCCGACGUCAAGGUUCACAGGGCACGGAAGACCAUGCCAAAAUCCAUCCUGGGCCUGCAUGCAACCAGUAAGGAUCCCAGAGAAGUUCGAGAAGCUCGAGAUCAUGAGGAGCCAAAAGAGGAGAUCAACAAAAACCUUUCUGAUUUUGGACGACAGCAGCUUUUACCCCCCUUCCCACCCCUUCAUCAAUCACUACCUCAAAAUCAGUGCUACGUGGCCACCACAAAGUCACAGACAGCUUGCUUGCCUUUUGUUUUAGCAGCUGCAGUAUCUCGGAAGAAAAAACGAAGAAUGGGAACCUAUAGCCUGGUUCCUAAGAAAAAGACCAAAGUAUUAAAACAGAGGACGGUGAUUGAGAUGUUUAAGAGUAUAACUCAUUCCACUGUGGGCUCUAAGGGCGACAAGGACCUGGGCGCCAGCACCCUCCACGUGAAUGGGGAGAGCUUGGAGCUGGACUCGGAGGAGGACGAGUCGGAGGAGCUGGAUGAGGACGAGGACCAGGGGGCCGAGCAGGCCGCCGCGUUCCCCACGGAGGACAGCAGGACCUCUAAGGGGGUUGUGCCAGAGGCCGACCGCACCCAGAAGACGGACGGCGAGUCUGAAGAGGAGCAGGAAUCGGCCGGCACCGGGGAGGAGGACGAGGAUGGAGACGAGUCCGAUCUGAGUUCUGAAUCCAGUAUCAAGAAGAAGUUUCUCAAGAGGAAAGGGAAGCCUGACAGCCCCUGGAUCAAGCCUGCUAGGAAACGGAGGCGGAGAAAUAAAAAGAAGCAAAGCAGUAUCCUGGGUUCUGAAGCAUAUACGUCAUCUUCAGGAAGCACAGAGCAGACGGCACCAGGAGACAGCACGGGGUACAUGGAAGUUUCUCUGGACUCGCUGGAUCUCCGUGUCAAGGGGACGCUCCCCUCACACGCAGAAGGGCUGGCCAAUGGUCCUGACUUGGUGGAGACGGACGGCCUUCAGGAAGUGCCCCUCUGCAGCUGCCGAAUGGAAACCCCGAAAAGCCGAGAGAUCACUACUCUGGCCAACAACCAGUGUAUGGCUACGGAAAGCGUGGACCACGAACUGGGCAGGUGCACCAACAGCGUGGUCAAGCACGAGCUGAUGCGCCCAUCCAGCAAAGCGCCGCUCUUGGUGCUGUGUGAAGACCACCGGGGCCGGAUGGUGAAGCACCAGUGCUGUCCUGGCUGCGGCUACUUCUGCACAGCGGGUAAUUUUAUGGAAUGUCAGCCUGAGAGCAGCAUCUCUCACCGUUUCCACAAAGACUGUGCCUCUCGAGUCAAUAAUGCCAGCUAUUGUCCCCACUGUGGGGAGGAGAUCUCCAAGGCCAAAGAGGUGACCAUCGCAAAAGCGGACACAACCUCUACCGUGACACUGGCCCCUGGGCAGGACAAAAGCUCCUUGGCGGAGGGCAGAGCCGACACCACCACAGGCAGCACUGCUGGACCAUCGCUCUUGGAGGACGGCAAGCCACAGAGUACGGCCCCCCAGGCAGCCGAGGGCUUCGACCCCACAGGGCCUGCGGGGCUGGUGAAGCCGGCCCCCGGCCUUUCCCAGGGACCAGGGAAGGAGACCUUGGAAAGUGCUCUGAUCGCUCUAGACUCGGAAAAACCCAAGAAGCUUCGCUUCCAUCCGAAGCAGCUAUAUUUCUCCGCCAGGCAAGGGGAGCUGCAGAAAGUGCUGCUCAUGCUGGUGGAUGGAAUCGAUCCCAACUUUAAGAUGGAGCACCAGAACAAGCGGUCCCCGUUGCACGCUGCCGCCGAGGCCGGCCACGUGGACAUCUGCCACAUGCUGAUCCAGGCGGGCGCAAACAUUGACACCUGCUCAGAAGACCAGAGGACCCCAUUGAUGGAGGCGGCAGAAAACAACCAUUUGGACGCAGUGAAGUACCUCAUCAAGGCCGGCGCCCUCGUGGACCCGAAGGACGCAGAGGGCUCCACCUGUUUGCACCUUGCUGCCAAGAAAGGCCACUAUGAUGUGGUUCAGUAUCUGCUUUCAAAUGGACAGAUGGACGUCAACUGUCAGGAUGAUGGCGGCUGGACACCCAUGAUUUGGGCCACUGAGUAUAAGCAUGUGGAGCUCGUGAAGCUGCUGCUGUCCAAGGGGUCUGACAUCAACAUCCGGGACAACGAGGAGAACAUCUGUCUACACUGGGCUGCGUUCUCUGGCUGCGUGGACAUAGCGGAGAUCCUGCUGGCCGCCAGGUGUGACCUGCAUGCCGUGAACGUGCACGGAGACUCACCCCUGCACAUCGCCGCCAGGGAGGACCGCUACGCCUGCGUCCUCCUCUUUCUUUCUCGGGAUUCAGAUGUCACCUUGAAAAACAAAGAGGGAGAGACGCCCCUGCAGUGUGCCAGCCUCAACUCCCAGGUGUGGGACGCUCUGCAGAUGAGCCGGGCGUUGCGGGACGCAGCCCCCGACAGGCCUGUCCCGACGGAGAAGACGGUGAGCAGAGACAUUGCUCGAGGCUAUGAGCGAAUCCCCAUCCCGUGUGUCAACGCUGUGGACAAUGAGCCGUGCCCCAGCAACUAUAAAUACGUUUCUCAGAAUUGCGUGACGUCCCCCAUGAACAUUGACAGAAACAUCACCCAUUUGCAGUACUGCGUGUGCAUUGACGACUGCUCUUCCAGCAACUGUAUGUGUGGCCAGCUCAGCAUGCGCUGCUGGUACGACAAGGACGGCCGGCUCCUGCCGGAGUUCAACAUGGCGGAGCCGCCCUUGAUCUUUGAGUGCAACCAUGCCUGUUCCUGCUGGAGGAGCUGCCGGAACCGCGUCGUGCAGAACGGUCUCAGGGCGAGGCUGCAGCUCUACCGGACACAGAACAUGGGCUGGGGCGUGCGGUCCCUGCAGGACAUCCCCCUGGGCACCUUCGUCUGCGAGUAUGUGGGAGAGCUCAUCUCUGACUCGGAAGCUGAUGUUCGGGAAGAAGACUCUUACCUCUUUGAUCUUGACAAUAAGGAUGGUGAGGUGUACUGCAUUGACGCGCGGUUCUACGGGAACGUCAGCCGCUUCAUCAACCAUCACUGCGAGCCCAACCUGGUGCCCGUGCGCGUGUUUAUGUCACACCAGGACCUGCGCUUUCCCAGGAUUGCCUUCUUCAGCACCCGCCUGAUUGAGGCUGGGGAGCAGCUGGGGUUUGACUACGGGGAGCGCUUCUGGGACAUCAAAGGCAAGCUGUUCAGCUGCCGAUGUGGCUCCCCCAAGUGCCGGCACUCCAGCACGGCCGCGGCGCAGCGGCAGGCCAGCGCCGCCCAGGACGGCCAGGAGAACGGCCUGCCCGACACCAGCUCCUCCACCGCUGACCCCCUAUGAGCAGCAGCCGGCCUGGGGCGCCGAGCGUCGGUGCCGUUCACACUGAGGUUGCAGAGGAAGGCGAAACGCACACAACACCCGAGGGCUCCGACCUGGGGCUGGAGGGACCUGGGCCGUGGCUGCGAGGCCCCAGCGUGGCUGCCUCCGGGCUGGGGGCGGGCGCUUUGGAACACUCUGGGAAUCCGCGCUGGCGUGACCUUGUGAGUUUCUGAUGAUGGUUUUGUCGUUUCCACGUUUCCCGUUCCCCCUCAACUCCCCUGGUUCCUGUUCCACCGUGGGGCUUGUUGGCAAAGCCCGGUCAGCCCAGGCUCCCUGCGUGGCACCUGCCGAAGACACCAUCACCCUCGAGCUGCUCCGUUAGACCUGCCUGCACGAGGCCUGCGUGGCUGGUGCCAGUUCUGGGCACCGCGCAGAUGCCGUCCCCACCUCGACCUAGGAGAGGUCAGGGCCAAGCCGUCACUGACUUUGGAGAAAACGUUUGUUUGCUUUUUAAAGAAGUCCUAUAUCUAGUCCUAUAUAUCAGACCUCUAAUGCAUUUCUUUCUGAGGAAGCGGUCUGGCGGGUGCAGGAGGGCCAUGGCCCGAGGAGGACCCCGCACCGGCCCCGCCGGCGCAGCAAUGCUGGCGCCUUCUGUUGAUUUUUAAACCACAUGCUAUGAUGAAUAAACUGAUUUAUUUUCUACCGUUAUUGAACAUUAGGACAAAUAAAAACACAAAACACAGACAACGGUGCUGAUUCUGGUGUGGUUUCUACUCACCAUGUGAAAAUAAACUAUCAACUGUAUAAAGAGAACAAAGUGAUUUUAGAAUAAAAUGCAGGAAAAAACUUUUUUUAAAACGUUAGUCUUGUCGUGGAAUAAAUUUGCCAUCACCUUUUGUGUGACGGCCUGCCAGGUCAUAUACUUUUUUUUGGCAUAUACUUUUUUAAAUACUGUAAUUAGUGCAGUAGCAGUGGGGUUUUUGUGCGGCUCUUCUAAAACAUUCAUGAUGCAGUCAUGUUUAUUUUUUUCUGUUAAAAUGUUUUUGACAGUUUUAAGAGCAGUCUUUUGGCUCAGACCAUUUCUUGUUCUGUUUUCAAUGAAAUCAAUAAAAAAAAAAGAAGUACUUUAAA